UUUUCUGUUUGUUGAGUCUCAGACACACAUACAGUGCUGAAGAGAGCUGCAAGUCAAUGCAUUUUCCCCUGUCUAAGCAAGAGAAAAUUAAUACACCCUGCAAACAAUAUCUGACCAGGAUCUACUUUGCUUGUCCACUCAUUGCUUGCCUCACUGGGAGACAAUUUUCAUCUUUCAUCCUUCUGUACCACCAACAAAAUCCAUGCUGAUGUUCUGUUACAAAGGUGGGAAAUGGAAGUAUUGAUGCUCUGCAUUUUUUCCUGGAUAUUUCAGUGCAUUUCUGUGCAGGCGGACUCCAUCAUCCACAUUGGUGCAAUCUUUGAAGAAAAUGCAGCCAAGGACGAUGAAGUAUUCCAGCUGGCUGUCUCGGAUUUAAGUCUCAAUGACGACAUAUUACAAAGUGAAAAAAUUACAUACUCCAUCAAGUUUAUAGAAGCCAACAACCCAUUCCAAGCGGUCCAAGAAGCUUGUGACCUGAUGACCCAGGGGAUCUUAGCUUUAGUCACAUCCACCGGCUGUGCUUCGGCCAACGCUCUUCAGUCGCUCACAGACGCCAUGCACAUCCCGCAUAUAUACGUACAACGCAACACUGGUGGUUCGCCGCGUACCGUCUGUCACCUUAACCCUAGCCUGGAUGGAGACGAGUAUACAUUGGCUGCUAGACCUCCGGUUCGCCUCAACGAUGUCAUGCUGAAACUCGUUACCGAACUUCGAUGGCAAAAAUUCAUAGUAUUUUACGACAGCGAUUAUGACAUACGUGGAUUGCAAGGAUUUCUGGACCAAGCCUCGAGAAUGGGACUCGAUGUCUCCUUACAAAAAGUGGACAGGAAUAUCAGCAAAGUUUUUGCAAGUCUCUUCACUUCGAUGAAGACGGAGGAGUUAAAUCGGUACCGCGACACCUUGCGGAGGGCGAUCCUUCUUCUAAGUCCGCGGGGCGCCCAGAACUUCAUUAACGAGGCUGUGGAGACCAAUCUUGCUUCCAAGGACAGCCACUGGGUCUACGUCAACGAGGAAAUCAACGACGCAGAAAUCGUAGAACUUGUGCACAGCGCCCUUGGGAGGAUCACCGUUAUCCGGCAAAUCUUCCCCUCCUUCAAAGACAAUGCCAGGUGUAUGAGGAAUAAUCACCGGAUUCCAUCACUUCCUUGCGAUCCUCAAGAAGGUUAUCUGCAGAUGCUCCAGGUUUCCAAUUUGUACCUGUAUGACAGCGUCUUGAUGUUGGCCAACGCGUUUCAUAGAAAACUAGAAGACCGGAAAUGGCAUAGCAUGGCGAGUUUAAACUGCAUGAGGAAAUCGACGAAGCCAUGGAACGGUGGGAAGUCCAUGCUAGAGACCAUUAAAAAGGGUCGGAUAACAGGAUUAACCGGGAUUAUGGAGUUUAGAGAAGAUGGAGCUAACCCUCAUGUGCAGUUUGAGAUUCUUGGAACGAGCUACAGUGAAACAUUUGGCAAAGAUGUUCGAAGGUUGGCGACCUGGGACUCCAUGAAAGGCCUGAACGGAAGCCUGCAAGAAAAACGUCUUGAGAGUGAUCUUCAAGGAUUAACGCUCAAAGUGGUGACUAUCUUGGAAGAGCCUUUUGUGAUGGUCGCAGAAAACAUACUGGGUCAACCGAAGAAAUAUAAAGGCUUCUCAAUCGACGUUCUGGACGCUCUUUCGCAAAACCUUGGCUUCAAAUAUGAGAUUUACCAAGUUCCCGAUGGCAAAUAUGGAAACCAGCUUGCCAAUGGUUCUUGGAACGGCAUGAUAGGAGAACUGAUAAACAAGAGGGCAGAUAUCGCCGUCUCCGCAAUCACCAUCACUCCGGAACGGGAGAGCGUGGUGGAUUUCAGUAAACGAUACUUGGAUUAUUCCGUUGGAAUUCUUAUCAAGAAGCCAGAAGAAAGAAUAAAUAUCUUCUCUCUGUUUGCCCCGUUUGACUUUGCCGUCUGGGCAUGCAUCGCCGCUGUGAUACCGGUGGUUGGCGUCUUGAUCUUUGUCUUGAAUCGGAUCCAGGCAGUGAGGGCGCAAAAUUCGGCACAAUCGAGUCAGUCCACUUCCUCAACGCUGCAUAGCGCCAUAUGGAUUGUAUACGGAGCGUUUGUUCAACAAGGCGGAGAAACAAUCACAAAUUCGGUGGCAAUGAGGAUUGUGAUGGGAAGCUGGUGGCUCUUUACUCUCAUCGUCUGUUCCUCCUACACCGCAAAUCUGGCGGCGUUUCUAACCGUAUCAAGAAUGGAUAAUCCUAUAAGAACCUUUCACGACCUUGCCAAGCAAAUGGAUAUGUCUUAUGGGACCGUGAAGGAUUCUUCUGUAUACGAAUACUUUAAGGCCAAAGGAACCAACACUUUGGAACAAGAUAGCACGUUUGCCGAACUAUGGAGAACCAUAAGCAAAAAUAACGGGAACGAUAACUGUGUGUCCAGUCCUUCAGACGGUAUCAGAAAGGCAAAGAAAGGAAACUAUGCUUUCCUGUGGGAUGUGACCGUGGUGGAGUACGCGGCGCUCACGGAUGACGAAUGCUCGGUGACCGUUAUUGGGAACAGCAUUAGCAGUAAAGGAUACGGGAUGGCAUUGCAACACGGAAGCCCGUACAGAGAUAUCUUCUCCCAGAGGAUCCUUGAAUUCCAAGAUACCGGUUACCUCGACGUCUUGAAACAAAAAUGGUGGCCGCGUAUGGGAAGAUGCGACCUCAACAGCCACAACAACGCGCAGACGGACGGGAAGGCGCUAAAACUGCAUAGUUUCGCCGGAGUCUUCUGCAUUCUGGCCAUAGGACUAUUACUCGCCUGCUUGGUGGCCGCGUUGGAGCUAUGGUGGAACAGUAAUCGCUGUCAUCAGGAAUCACCAAAAGAGGAUAAGGAAGUUAACUUGGAACAAGUACACCGACGUAUGAACAGCUUAAUCGACGAAGAUAUGGCACAUAAGCAAAUCUCCGCAGCGUCCAUUGAAAUAUCCGCUCUAGAGAUCGGCGGAAUGUCGUCGACUCAAACCUUGGAACCAGUGCGGGAAUACCAGAACACUCAGCUCUCUGUCACCACCUUUUUACCUGAACAGUCAGGUCACGGUGGUAGAACACUUACCUCUGUGUCAAGCAGUAACUUGCCCUUACCCCUUAGCAGCUCGGCUACCAUGCCUUCAAUACAAUGUAAACACAGAUCACCCAACGGAGGACUAUUUCGUCAAAGUCCCGUGAAGACACCCAUGCCAAUAUCAUUCCAGUCCAUGCCUGGUGGACCCAUUCCAGAAGCUAUGGAGACUUCACAUGGAACAUCUAUAUAAUUAAAAAAAAAAAAAAAAAAAAAACCUUCAAAGCUUUUUAAUACAACUAAAAAAAAAACAAAAAAAAAAAGAGAACUCAUAAAUUUUUCUUGUAUAUAUCUGUAAAUUUCAAAAGAAUGAAGUGGGGUAAAAGUGUAUUUUGAAUAUUCCCAUUUUUUGAAGUCAGUAAAACAAACAAACAAAAAAAAAAGUAUGAAUGGCUUUGUAAAUUUUGUUCUAUAUGAAUAAAAAAAAACAGCAACUUGUGAUCCCUUUGAAGUGCCAAAGAAGACCCAUGACAGGUACAGAAGACUCACUCGUACAAUUUUUUUUUUUGGGGGGGGGGUUGGGUUCAUUUAUUGCUUCGACUAUCACAUUUACCAAUCGUACUUUAGUCACCACGCAGCACUUCAUUUUAAACUAGGCCGGAAAAAAAAAAUUAUUAUUGACCAGCGUUAGCAUACGAGAAUUAAAGUUUAUUGUAGUUAACAAGAUGUUUUAUUAUUUUUUUUUAAACAAAAAGGGAACGUUAGAUAACGGUUGGAAUGUUUCUUUCUAGCGAGAAGUCGUUUGGAACUGAUUCUCCACAAAAAUUUCUAGGUUAAAGCACUGGUUUAUUAAAUUGUAUUUUACGUGUA